CUUUCCGACGCCAACAAAAACAGUACACAUUGAAGACUUCGACCCCGUGAUAUCACUAUAUUAACUAUGGCGAUAGUCACUAAGAGAUAGUACCAUUGCGCAUCAGCCCACGUGCGCAACUAUCAAAUCAAAAUACCCGGGGGGACCAACAUGGUAUUCCCACCCUUCAAAUUUCGAAGCCUCGUAUCAACCAUCACCCAUUCCGUUCAAUCAAUACCAACAACGACUGCCAUAUCGCCACCUCGGGCAACUCGAUAAUCGAUCUCGACAAUGGCAAUCGUCGAAGAAUACUCUGCGCCCUCUGACCCGGGCCCCUCGUCAACUUUCACCCUCUCAUCCAAAAUUCAACGCGAAAUCGAAACCAAUGGCAUUGCCCGGCCCAAAGGCUACCGGGUGUCAUGGCAUUACAAUCCCGCUGUAGAAAACCACCACUUCGGCCAGACUCACCCCAUGAAACCAUGGCGCCUAACACUUACGAAGUCACUGGUCCUCUCCUACGGCAUGCACACCGCUAUGGACACGUACAUCCCGCGCGCCGCGACCAAAGACGAACUCGCCGAAUUCCACAAGGACUCGUAUGUCGACUUUCUCUCCGUCGCCACUCCACAGAACAUCUACGAAAUGUAUCCUGAGCUCGCGGCGGGCCCCACAGGCUACAGCUCCGCGAUCUUUGGCGUCGGCGACGACUGCCCCAUCUUCGACGGCCUGUUCGCCUUCUGCUCGACGUACACCGGCGCGAGCAUUGACGCGGCGCGCAAACUCUGCAACAAACAGUCCGACAUUGCGAUCAACUGGUCCGGCGGCCUUCAUCAUGCAAAAAAAGCCGAAGCGAGCGGAUUCUGCUACGUGAACGACAUCGUCCUUGCCAUCUUGCAACUCCUGCGCUACCACCCGCGCGUGCUCUAUAUCGACAUCGACGUGCACCACGGCGACGGCGUCGAGCAGGCGUUCUGGAGCACCGACCGCGUCAUGUGCGUGUCCUUCCACAAGUACGACAAGGAAGUCUUCUUCCCGGGCACGGGACCCUUGGAGUCAACAGGACCCAUCCACCCGGAUAAUCCGGGCAAGAACUACACGAUCAAUGUACCUCUCAACGACGGCAUCGACGACGAAGGCUACGCAUAUCUGUUCCAGAAUGUCGUCGAACCCACGAUUAAAAUCUACCGGCCCACUGCGGUCGUGCUGCAGUGCGGCGCUGACAGUCUCGGGCACGACCGACUCGGGUGCUUCAACCUCAACAUCCGCGGGCACGGCAGCUGCGUGAGUUUCGUCAAAAGUUUUGGGUUACCGCUGCUCGUUGUUGGUGGGGGAGGGUACACGCCGCGCAAUGUCGCGAGGGCGUGGGCGCACGAGACGUCGAUAUUGAUUGGAGCCGAUAAAACGCUGGACCCUGUCCUACCGGACUUCAUGCCCCAUCGUGAGGCGUUCCGGAGAGAAGGGUUCACGUUGUUCCCAAAUUUGGGCGGGUGGAGGAGAGAAAACAUGAAUUCCAGGGCGGAUGUUGAGAAAAUAAUCCGUCAUGUGAGGGAUCAGUUGGCUUAUAUUCGCGCUGCGCCGAGCGUGCAGAUGCAGCAUAUCCCGCCGGAUCUCCAGGGAUGGAGGGAUGAAGUCGAACAAGAACUGAAAGCCAAGCGGAUAGAGAAGGAUGAAUUCAAGGAAGAACGAGAUGGUGCCGGAGGCCUGUUGGCGAAAGCGAGUCGGAGGAGGGAGCUGGAAAGAAAUGGCUUCUCUGCAGGAAAUGCGUUUUUAACUUGAAGGAGAUGAACCGUUGUAGGGCAAUACGGGCGCAAUAGAUGGCACUUAUUGCACUUGGUGUAAUAUUGGAUGGAUAUUGGCGUGGUGCCAGAGCCGAAUGCCUAGCUAGCUAAAUACAUGGUGAACAGAGUCGUCUGCACUCCAAUGCAGAGAAAUGUCUCGCUCCUCUUUCCUUGAGAACCUUCAUACCAUGAAGGCAUGCCUUGCCUUUUCAUGAAUACAGCCCAUAUCAUCUCUUCCACCAUUGAGAGAUUGUGGACACCGCACCCUUGGUCAGGGGCGGAU